AUGGGGCUCACCAGUUUUUCAAAAUUUUUUCUUCAGGUGCUAGCUACAGAUAUGUCCAAGCAUAUGUCCCUUUUGGCCGAUCUGAAAACUAUGGUUGAAGCGAAAAAAGUUGCUGGAAACAACGUAAUCGUCUUAGAUAAAUACAACGAUAAGAUACAGGUUUUACAAUCCAUGAUUCACCUGGCUGAUUUAUCAAAUCCAACGAAACCCAUCGAACUGUAUCGGCAAUGGAACUCACGGAUUUUAGAAGAAUAUUGGAGGCAAGGAGAUCGGGAGAAAGAGUUGGGUAUCGAAGUGUCGCCAAUGUGCGAUCGAGGAAAUGUCACUAUAGAGAAAUCACAGGUUGGCUUCAUCGACUAUAUUGUGCAUCCAUUGUAUGAGACAUGGGCGGAUCUCGUCUAUCCGGAUGCGCAGAACAUUCUCGAUCAAUUGGAAGAAAAUCGAGAAUGGUACCAA